UCUAUCCAGAGGCGUGCUAUAGCUCUGCCUUGCCUAAGCCUGAGUCAGUGCUUGUUUUUGCAUCUCAUACGAGAGGAACACACACAGGGACGCUUUGAAAACUAAUUUGCACAAAGCCCAGACAGUAUUUGAAAACCAGCUCUCGUUCGAAGACCACAACAAACGCCUCAGGAUGAUAUUCGAUAAACUGAAAAAGCUUCAAGUCGUCUUGGACUCUCCAGAAAUCGACUCGCCUCCCGUCUUCAGCAGUGGAGAUGUUGUGUCUGGGAAAGUUGUUUUGGAACUCACGGGGGAGUCCAAAGUGGAAUCCUUGAAGUUGCACGCCGAAGGUUUUGCACGGGUUCACUGGACAGAGUCCCGUUCUGCAGGCUCCAGCACCGCGUACACCCAGAACUACAGCGAUGAAGUCGAGUAUCUGAACCACAGGGAGUCUCUGCUGCAGACAGAUAACGGCGAGAUGACCCUGCUCACUGCCGGCCGCCAUGAGUUCCCCUUCAGCUUUCAGCUCCCAGAGGAGACGCUGGUGACGUCAUUCGAGGGAAAGCACGGCAGCAUCCGCUACUGGGUCAAGGUGAAGCUCCACCGACCCUGGGCCACCAUGAAGAAGAUCAAGAAGGAGUUCACCGUCAUCCAGCCCAUUGACAUCAACACGCCUGCCUUGCUGUCACCCCAAGCCGGCACGAAGGACAAGAUGGCACGGGUGUGGUACCGCAACUGUGGACAGGUGUCUGUCACUGCCAAGAUCGAUCGCAAGGGCUAUACACCAGGCGAGGUGAUCCCAGUGUUCGCCGAGUUUGACAACUCAACGUCGCGCUCGGUGGUGCCCAAGGCCUACAUCACCCAGACCCAGACCUUCAUCGCCCGCGGCACCAUGAAGCAGAAGCGGGCGGUGGUGGCCACCCUGAGCGGGGACGUGGUGGGCGCCCGGCGGAGGGUGGCGUGGCACGGUCGAGCGCUCAAGAUCCCGCCUGUCGGCCCGUCCAUCCUGCAGUGCCGCAUCAUCAAGGUGGAAUACACGCUCAGGGUUUGCGUGGAGGUGCCUGGGACCUCCAAGCUGUGUCUAGAGCUUCCCCUGGUCAUGGGAACCAUCCCCCUCCACCCUUUCGGAAGCCGGACCUCCAGCGUGAGCAGCCAGUACAGCGUGAACCUGGAGUGGCUCCGCAUGGCCAUCCCCGAGCAGCCAGAACCUCCCCCAGACUACAGCGCUGUGGUGACCGAGGAGCAGGCGGGUCAUUGCAACCCCGCCGCCCCCCCGGCGCCUACGGGAGACCUGAGCAGCAUCAUGGCCUUCGUGCAAGAGUUCCGCUUCCGCCCGCCGCCCAUCUACAGCGUGGUGGAUCCUAAUCCCACGCCCCUUCACAUGAGGCCUCGCUGUAUGACGUGUUGAACUAGCGGCCCCAGUGGAGUGUCAAUCAAACCCUGAAUCAAGAGAUUUGUUCUCUCUCAAAAAGAACCUCACGUGGCCACCGGCCUUGGCAGGCGUUCUGGCGCAACUGCUGCAGCGCUAUCGGGUGGUCGGAGAAAGAGGAGGGCACGCUCGCCUUCGAGCACGGAUCCAAGAGGGACCCCUCCCUGUUUACAGACUCAAACAGGAAGCUCAUACCCUCUCUACAUCCUCUUUUUCCCAAGUGAUUCUUGCUCUGGAUGAAGAAACGGCACACUUCCCUUCCCAAUCCUCAGUCCCCCGUCACAAAGAAGCCAUUUUCUUUGUGAGAUUUAAGAAGUUUUGGAGGAGGAGGGGGAGGGGAGUUAGUUGUGUUGUGAAGCGGGAGCAGUUGGUGUCUACUGUAAAGACCCAACGCUUAACCGAUAUGACCUUUGUUGUGUGCCUUUUGAUCAAUCUACUGUAAACUCAUCUUCUCAGCAGAUGUAGCUAUUUCAUGUGAAAUCACAGCUAACUGAUAUGCAUAGGGGAAACUUUGUACUUUUUUGUUUUGCAAGAGAUUUGAUGGGAGUUGUCCAUCCUCCAAUUUGUGUCUUUCUGAGAUACAAAAGAAGGAAGAAACAGAGGAAAGGAGGGAAGUUGAUACAUUUGAGAUUAAGGCGGAGCUGCAGUAGGAAGUGAUUGGAUGGCACUGUUACAUUUAUUUCAAACAACCUUCAGCAGGAAAGAGGAGGUCUGUUACUGGAGGAACACAGCCUGAUAGCGGCUCAGCAAGUAGUAGGGGAGGAGCGCAACGCAGCAGGGAGCUGCGAGCACCGUGCGGUCUGCAGUAUUUUGAUGGGUGCCAGAUGGCUGAGUCUCGCUGUUUCUUAGCUCUUUGCUCUGUGAAGUCAAGAGGCACUGGGCGCUCGGUGCCUUAGGCUCCCGAGAUGCCACUCAAUGUGUACGUUUGUGCAAACAACUGAACCAUUCCAAACACGGAGGAACAGCGUUUUGUUCUCCGUACCAAAUAUAGAGGGUGUAGGAAAGAAGGUGUUCAGGGUGACAGCGGGCCGUUGAGCCAUGUGUGACAUUUUCAAAGUAAUGUAUUUUCUAUAAAUGCCUACUGUCGAUUCACAUGUUUGCAUUGUUUUUGUAGUUUUGUAAUAAAAGUACUCUGAAAAAAUA